AGAAAAUGAAAAGGUCUUAUCACGGUUAUCAUUGUAUUCAUUACAAUAUUUAAUUAGAUGAUAGUUACGAUUUUCCUUCAUUUAAAUUGCAUAUUGAACUAUAGGAUUAAGUUUCAUUUUCUUAAUAUUACACUCCGCUAUUCGUGUCUUUAAGAGUAUGCCAAGAGUUUGAAUUUCGGCUAAUUUGCAAGUGAUGGAAGAAUCAAAGAAAGGUGCUCAAAGCCCCAGUGUAGAGGAUCUAAAAUACAAGGGAAAUGAAUGUGUUAAAGAUGGAAAAUUUAUCGAAGCGGUACUGCAUUACACCCAGGCUAUUAAAAUGGACCCGAACAAUUAUGUUUUGUACAGUAACCGGUCCUUGGCGUUCUUGAAACUAGACCAGCAUUACUUAUCACUGCAAGAUGCAAAUGAGACGGUUAGGUUACAGCCUCAGUGGGCCAAGGGAUAUUUCCGUCGAGCUGAAGUGGAAGCGGCCAGUGACUUGUACGAUGAGGCCCUCAUAUCAUAUACCAGGGCUCUGCAGUUGGACCCACACAACACCAAGUUGAUGGAGUCCAUUAAGAACAUAAGUGAAACACAGAAAAAGAAAUAUAGAGAUAGUCAAAAUAUCAUGUGGAUUUGCUCAUGUGUUGGCCUUAUAUUUGGUAUUGUUAUUGUUAUACUUGACUAUAGUUUAACCAAGACCCCAACUUUAUCGAAUCCAUUUAGCAUGGUAGCGUUUUCAAUGGCCCUGUCUGGUAUUGGGUGGAUGGCGGGUAAAGCUGCGACCAUGAUGAGCGGCAGUCCUGGUAAAUCACUUCAACCGCCAGAGGACUUAGGUGUUAAUGACGAUUCGAAAGAGAAAGAGACUCCAACGGAAAAGAGGAAGUACAGCAAGGCUCAGGCAAGACACAGAUACAAGCAGGGCAAGCUCUAGUCCAGGGUUAAGUUUUGUUUCAAUCAUUUUGGAU